AUGAGAGAAUCACCCCCCGCCUCCCCACAAUCUAAGCUUAAAGGUAGGUCUCUCCAGUCAGAAAAUAAACUGGCGAGAUUCCGAUGCAUUCAAGCUAGCCAACAACUGGAGGUUAAAUACGCAAGAGCUCUUGACCUCAGAACACCAUAUACACCGCUCUGCAUAGACGAAUCGAAUAUUCCCCGAACACAGACAGACGCCCCGCAAAAAGACAUCGUUCCAUUCCAACCCCGUUUUAGGUUUUCGGGGGGAGAGGUCAAGUGCAUGCUAACGAAAUCAUUCCUCAUGUGGUUUUCAUGGAGUAUCAUUACGCGCCCGCGGCCCAACAGGCCCAUCCAAGAUGGGGAGGUUGUUGUUGUUGUUCUGCAGGAUCUUGGAUUUGGCCGUGCUUGGUGGUCAGAUAUAUGUGUCUCUGCCAUCAAUGCCAAUCUACUUACUCUAGUCUUUGCGGUUUGGUCGACAGCUCUCACCACGAACCGGAGAGCCUGA